AAUUAGUUCUUUAACAAAUUGAUUAUUAUCUAUGUAUUAAAUUAUAUUGCGUUUCCGUUGGAAAAGUGAUACAAAAUUUUAAUUUAUUAAAAUGUAUUUUAUAGACAACUGGAUAUUAAAAACAUUUAUUUUUUUACAAGUUCGAACUUUGGAUGGCUUAUGACGAACAAGAUAACUAAUGAAGAGGUAACUGAAGAAUUCUUCAUGUGUCAAGCAUGUGACAAUUUGACGAUUGACGUUUGUUUGUUAAUGCCAGUAAAUAAAUAAAAAUAUCAUUUCUACUUUCUAUGGAUUAUGGAUUUCAAAUUUAUUGUCUUGAAAUAAUGAAUAGGUGAACAAAUGAUCCGAUUCCCCUACAAUGGAACUUGAUUCUUAUCUUAGUAUUUAUUUCUGCUUAACUAUUUUAUUCCUUAACCACGCAACAGGUACGUUACACGAAAAUUUAAAAUACUUUGAGACUAUUCAUGCAAACGAACUACACCAUAGAAUAGCAAAGCGAGGUUUAAAAGAAAGUUCACACCCUUUUAAUCAUAUUAAAGAAGUUAACUUAAAAACCCAUGGUAGAGAUUUUAGAUUAUUUCUCUCUCCAAAAAGGGAUAUUUUACAUUCAAACUUUAAAGCCUAUGCCGUGGAUGGAGAUGGAAAAGAAACUACAGUCCAUAUAAAUAGGGAUGAUUUUUAUCAUGGAAGAUUAUUUGGAGAAACUGAUUCUCAUGUCAAUGUGCAUAUGGAAGAUGGAAUACUCACAGGGACAAUACAUCUACCAGAGGAAACAUUUCAUAUUGAACCUUCUUGGAGACAUUUACCAGAUUUAAAUAAUAGAUCAAUGAUCGUUUACAAACAGUCUGAUGUUAAAUUUAGUUGGGAACAUGAGAAUCCAUCUCAUCACCAUCCAAGAAGAAAAAUUUGUGAUUUCAUAAAGGAAGGAGCUGAAUUGGAGGGAGAAGAUGAAGAUAUAGGGGAAGAUGUUCAAAGUCAUCAAAGAAAGAAGAGACAAAUAGAUCAAUAUGAGUAUACACCUACUAAAACUAGGUGUCCUUUACUGUUGGUAGCAGAUUAUAGGUUUUUCCAGGAGAUGGGAGGAAGCAAUACAAAAACUACUAUUAAUUAUUUGAUUAGCUUGAUAGACAGAGUUCACAAAAUAUACAAUGACACAAGUUGGCAAGACAGACAAGAAGUUGAUGGUUUUAAAGGAAUGGGAUUUGUUAUUAAAAAAAUUGUAGUCCAUAGUGAUCCAACCAGGAUUAAAUCUGGUGAAGCUCACUACAAUAUGAUUAGAGAAAAAUGGGACGUAAGAAAUCUCUUAGAGGCGUUUUCGAGAACACCCGAUAAUCAAGAUUUUUGUUUGGCUCAUUUAUUCACCCACCAGACCUUUAAAACUAGCAAUUCUGUAGUGCUCGGCUUGGCGUACAUUGCAUCCGCUAGAUUGAACACCAGAGGCGGGAUAUGUAGCAAGGAAUAUUUCAAAAACGGGUAUACUUUAUACCUCAAUUCGGGUCUAAGCUCAAGCCGUAAUCAUUACGGUCAACGAGUGAUAACCAGGGAAGCCGACCUAGUCACUGCCCACGAAUUUGGCCACAAUUGGGGCUCGGAACACGAUCCAGACAUUCCAGAAUGCUCACCUAGUGCUAGUCAAGGAGGUUCCUACCUCAUGUAUACAUAUAGUGUUAGUGGAUAUGAUGUAAACAAUAAGAGAUUCUCGCCUUGCAGUUUGAGAUCUAUAAGGAAAGUUCUUCAAGCUAAGUCGGGUAGGUGCUUUUCGGAACCCGAGGAGAGUUUCUGUGGUAAUUUGAGAGUUGAAGGUGAUGAGGAAUGCGACGCAGGUCUGUUAGGGACCGAAGAUAAUGACGCUUGUUGCGACAAAGAUUGUAAAUUGAGACCGAAAGCUAUGUGCAGUGAUAAAAAUUCGCCUUGCUGUCAGAACUGUCAGUUCAUGCGCAAUGGCGUGAAAUGCAGGGAUGCGCAGUAUGCCACGUGCGAAGAAGAAUCGAGAUGUACUGGUCAACAAGCCGAUUGUCCUAAAAGUCCUCCUAUGACUGACGGUACCGCUUGCCAAGAGAGAGGAAAAUGCAGCGGUGGAAAGUGUAUACCUUUCUGUGAAACGCAAAGGAUGCAGAGUUGUAUGUGCGAUGUCAUUGAAAAUGCUUGCAAAAGAUGCUGCAGAUCAAGCAUCAAUGAAACUUGUUCACCAGUUGAUGCAGCUGAUAUGUUGGCUGAUGGAACACCCUGUAUACAAGGAUUUUGUAAUAAUGGUCAUUGCGAGAAAACAGUUCAAGAUGUGGUAGAACGUUUCUGGGACAUCAUCGAAGACAUCAACAUUAAUAAAGUCCUUCUUUUCUUGCGCGACAACAUCGUCGGCAGCGUUGUCUUAGUCACCGCCUUGUUGUGGAUCCCCGCGAGCUGCGUCAUCAGCUACUUCGACAGACGACGAAGAAGAAAUGAGUUGGAGAGGUGGCAAUGGAGGCGGAAUACCGAUCUUAUCCAUCCUACCGAUAACGUCAAGCGGGUGAUACAUCUGAGAAUACCGAGACAGAGGAAUGUACAAGCACAACAGGCCGCGCAAGCCAGCCGGCCUGUCAUUCCAGACACUUAAUUUUUUUUAUCAGAUAUUUAUAGGUUAAGCACAAUGUGUUCUAUAUAGGAUAUAAUUUCUCCAAGAAAAAAUAUGUUAUUGAAUGUUUGGUGCAAACUUGUCCUUCAUCAAUGAUCGUUUGGUAACCACUGAGAAUGUUGCCUAAAUGGCCCUUCAGUAACUUCUUCGCUCUAAUCCAGGUUGUCACAUCCUUUACAACCAAUUCUUAUUCGGCCUUAUUGUUGUUAAAAAUAGUUUACUUCUCCUGGUGAUGCUAGUUGGACAAUGUGGCAUUUAAUGUGAACAUUUUGAUUGCUAUUGUUACUUUUAUUUUUCUUGGAGAUGAACCUAUUUUAUUAAAUCUAAUAAAUAGUAUGUGAUUCAGGAUUUUUAUCCUACGGUUUAUUCCUGCCUAAUUUUGUAUAUUUUUGUAUAUUUUCGAUGCCUUGUUAUUUUAUGUCUAGUCAAGAUGUACUUAUUGUUGAAAUGUAGACUAAGAUCAAUAUUAACGUUACAGUAUUCUAGAUAUUAUGCCUUUUUUGUAUUAUAUUAACUAUAUAUUUCCAAAUAACUUUUGUUAGUAUUUUUUUUUAAUUGUUGAUAGCUCUUUUUGGUUAAUUUUUAAGCAAAAGUGAAAGAUAGAAACUUAAAAUUGAGAUUGAAAAAAAUAAAUGUUUUUCAGAACGAUUCUUUGUUUGUUUUGUAUGAACUUAUUUUUCUGAUUCACAUAAUGGCUGAGGACAUUGGAAGACCAUUUUUAGUGUUCUGUACCCAAAUUGGCAAAAAGGAAAACUUAUGAAAUCAU